GCUACGAUACAUGUCAUUAAAACAGUCAAAAUAAUCUGAGUGUAUGUGACGGUCAGUCAGUUUUGUGUAUUAUAAAAUGUGAACAGUUUAUAAACGUAUUAUACGUAUCAAACACCCGCGAGUACACGCGCGCGCGCACACACAAACACAGAACUUUGACCCGGAAGUAAAUUAAUCGUUGUAUGAGACCCCUCCUCGCUGCUCCCAUAAUUCUUCAAGUGAGAUGCGCACGCAUCCUAUAUUUACCCGAACUGGCUGUGGUUUUUAAGAGACGAUUUGAUCUAUAAACAAGCAAAUAAUUAAGAAAUUGUAAAAGUUGAUCAAACCAGACAUACAAAAAAUACAAACUGAAUGAAGACUUGAUACAGAUAUUCCUAUUUUAUCAUGGCAAAUGCAGUGCCUCCUGGGAAAAAGCCUGCAUUAUGCCGCUAUUUUUUGAGUUCAGGUUCAUGUAUUUACGGCGAUGAAUGUCAGUUUCUUCAUCAAUCUCAUGGGCUUCAAAACUCCUUUGCUAAUGGACCUACAACAGUUAAUGAAAAACAAGGUGAAGCACUGCCGAAUAAUGGUGAUCAGUAUUUCAAUGCAACCUUUAAUGCAGUCGGACCCAUGCCAGAUUUCCAACCAUUGUCUGUAGCAGGAAAGAGACCUAGGCCAAGGUCAAGGAACAGUAUUCUUGGACCAUUAUCUCAGAAUUCUAAGCUCUAUUCCACACCUGGUCCACCUGUUGUCGACCAGAACAUGGCUAAUGAUUUUGCGGCUCUAACCUUAGCUGGAGCUCCUGUUCCAGGAAAACUAUCUAAUCCUGCUGCUGACCUGGUGAAGCAAGCUGCGUCACUGUCUCACAGUUCCAGCACUCCCUCCUUCUCCUCCUUCUCUUCCGUGUACAACUCUUCCAACAUGCCAUCAUCCAUUCAGAGCUCGGCACACAUUACCAAUACAAAUCCAGUGUACUCUCAUGCCAGUCCUAACCAUAGUCCUGGAAUAUCACCGAGUGGAUCCCCCCUGAUGCUGAGACGAACGUCUUCUCCAGCCACACCACACCGACAGACAACCGUGCCUCAGAAAGAUAGUGAUGGGAAUGGAGGCACCGUUCAGGAAAAUGUUGGUGGAACGACUUAUUUUUACCAUCCAGAUGACUUCAAUCCACAGUAUGAAGGCGUUCAACUGCCCAAUUUCUCAGUAUAUCCGGGCGUGCCGCCCCACAUUGCUCACAUGAAGGUCAAGGUCAACAUGCCACAAUUUUUCAUGCCAGAUGAAUUAAAAAUGGAUGUGUUAAGUAAACAUUCGCUUAGUCUGGCACAAAUUGAUCACAGUCAAAACCCAGAUAUUCCUGCUGAAAUGGACCAUUAUAAUAACCUGUUUCCCCUGGAACCGCCAACCAGUAUGAUACAAAAGUCAAACACAUUUCACUACCCAACGAUGUGCUAUAAAGCUGUUAAUACAAAAGAUGGCUUGACCUACUGUAUAAGAAGAAUACAAGGGUACCGAUUGGCCAAUACAAAGUGUAUGCCACUGAUUGAUAUGUGGAGGAAGAUGUAUCAUCCAAAUAUUGUUCAAUUACGGGAAGUGUUCACAACAAAAGCAUUUGGUGAUAGCUCGAUAGUAUUUGUGUAUGAUUACCACCCAGGAGCUGAAACGUUGAUGUCUCGGCAUUUUCUCCAUCCAGCGCAAGUGAACGGAUUUAACCCAGAAACUAACUCAAGACAAAACAGUGUCAAUAAAGGAAUGGCUAACUCAGCUGUGAGCAGUUCGAACCCACACUCUGAACUCCUGCCAGAAAGUUUGAUUUGGACAUAUGUGGUUCAGCUUAGUUCUGCCCUCCGUGCCAUUCAUGCUGCUGGUCUUGCCUACAGGAUACUGGAGCCCUCCAAAAUCCUCAUCUACAAUAAAUCCAGAGUUCGAUUGAACUCUGUUGGAAUCAUUGAUGUGCUGACAUUUGACAACAGCAAGACGAACCCACUGGCUGUGAUGCAACACUAUCAGCAAGAAGAUCUGGUUGCUCUAGGUAAAGUGUGCCUGGCUCUGGCCUGCAACAGUGUGCUCAGUGUACAAAGAGACCAGCUGUCGGCUGCCAUGGACCUCAUCACCCGCAACUACUCGCCAGACUUGAAGAAUCUGAUUUUGUAUUUACUUACAAACCAGAACAGACCUAGAAGUAUUAACGAUGUGAUGCCGAUGAUUGGUGCAAGAUUCUUCACACAGCUUGAUGCUGCUCAGCUUAGGAGUGAUGUCCUGGAAAAUGAAUUGGGCAAGGAAGUUGAAAAUGGACGCUUGCUUAGACUUCUCUGUAAACUUGGUUCAGUGAAUGAAAGACCUGAUUCUCGAACCCUUGAUAUUUGUAGGUUCAACAUGGACCAAAGUUGGACUGAAACCGGAGACCGGUACAUUCUGAAACUGUUCCGAGAUUACCUCUUUCACCAAGUCGACGAGAAUGGAGCACCAUGGAUUGACAUGGCACAUAUUGUGCAAUGUAUGAAUAAGGUGGAUGCCGGUGUUCCGGAAAAGAUUUGUCUGAUGUCUCGGGAUGAGCAGGUGGUUCUAGUUGUGUCAUACGCGGAAAUCAAAAGAUGUUUUCAGAGUGCUUUUUCCGAGUUGUUGAAUGUUGCUCAUCAGGCAAACUUCUCUUAGCGGCUGAGUUCUCACCGGAGACGAAUGCAGACUGGCAGUUUAUAUAAGGCAGCAUCAUUAGAAUCCGGAUAUAAGUCCAGACUGCAUUUAGGUUAGGCCUCGUUCACCAUCGAGUUGACUUCUGAAAGAUCUCAGUGUGCUUUUGUGACCAAAGUGUUUGUCUGAUGAUGAUAAUGAUUAUCUGUAUAAGAUUUGUUGCCCUUAAUUUAGUUUUCCUUUUCAAAUUAAUCCAACUUUUGCUUGAUGUUGGAGAUAACUGGUGACCCGUGACAUGGAGUGUUAGAACAGUAACAAACCUUUCCCCAUAUUUCUUUGUGUUAAUGACGUUCUUUUUCAUUAAACGGUACGCAGAGGGUAGCGAUACUACUUCUUCCUUGUCCGUCCAUUGCUAAGUUCAUGAGGAGCAUCCAUGGUUAGUCAAAGCAAAAUAGUUUCUAUACUUUAAUUAUUGGUAUAAGUGUGUAUCUGAAAUCAUCUGGUAUGGCGGUUGAGUGGUUGUGUUGGUUGUUCAUCUGAAAAGAUUUUUAAAUUUCGGUUUUUCCUCAUCAGUAGUUGGAUAGAUUGGAUCCAACAUAGGAAAUAAAAAUGGAAUGGAAUGUAUUGUCAGAUUAAAUAAUUGUACUUUCAUAUAUAACACUUAUUAAUAAUCAAAUUUGAUUACUAUUUCUUUUUUGGUGUUUAGCUCCCAGCAUUUGUUACAAGAAAAUUUGAUAGGUUGGAUUUGGUUAAUACCAUGUAAUACAUUGUGUUUAUUAUUAUUAUUAUUUGGGUUUUUUUUAUUAUUUUUAUUAUUAUUAUUAACAUUUUUACAACAAUGCUAUAGAGAGUUCCACAAGACACUUAAAUAUUAAUUAUUUUAGUACAUAGGGUUUCCAGUCUUAAAGCCUUGUGUGGAUUUGAAUAUUAACGUAUUUCACGGAUUUUAACUUUUUCUUCUGCCAGGUUUUUUUUAACGCUAUAAUUAUGCGAUUGUAUUUCUGUUGAUUUCCUUGGCUGAGACACAUAUUUCUCUCUCUCCUUGACUGAAUGACGUGCCGGAAAGAAAGGAAACUUUGUUGUUAUUGUUGUUGUGACAGUUGACUUGCCGAAGAGUGCAAAAUGAGAUCCCACAUUUCACCUUCAUCGAGUGCAUUUGGUCACAAAUAAAUGCCUGUGUUAGAUCUUGUUUAAAAAUACAUAUUUAUUGAUGUAGCCUGCUCGGUAAUAUAAAUUUGGAGUUGGCCUUGAUGGCUGUAAAAACAGUUGCAGUUCUAGUUACUGUUUGUGUCACAUGUGAUGCGUGUGUUUUUAUUUUCGGUGUUUAGUCCAUGACAUUUUAAGUGGAAGUAAUAAUGGCCGUCUGCAGUAAGGUGUACACUUUAACACAUGUUAAUGAGAAUUAAUUUCCACGACCUGGCUGUGUUUGUUAUUUUUGUCAUGUUUUGUUUUUAAUCUCUCAAAAUUCCACAAGUCUGUUUUCAUCUCUCUUGUUCCCAAAAGAAGGGCAGUCGCAAUAAUGAUAUUGGACCAGUCACAUGAGCUAGAAUAUUUGGAUGUAAUGAAGUUUGGAAUGCUGAAGCGUUAAUUCAUUUACAAUUCUUCUGAGCUAACAGUUUGAAUAUAAGUGAGGUUUGAUUUGCUGCAAUGUUUUAAUACAUGUGAAAUGAAAUAUUGAGAAUGAAAUGGUGUGUUAUCCAAAAGUUCACUCUAGUCUGUCUGUUUUGCUUGGCAAAAGAUAAGUGUCCGGUGGUUUAGUCAUGAUGUACCAAUAAUAAUUAUUACGGAAUGACCUGUGUUAAAUAUAUGUGUAGACAGUUUGUAAAAGUAAAGGUAUACCGUGUAUAACCUGUCCAAAAUAGUAGUUUGUUGAACUUUUGGAUGUACGCUAAUUCAUGAAUAUAAUGCAAAAAUUAUUGACAGCGAGUAUCUAUACAUUUCUAAAAAUGUUUUCACACGUUUGAUUGUAGGAAAUGAUAAAUGUAAAAUACUGUAUAUCAUGAAAAAACCCACAAGAUAUGGUAUUAUUGUGUUUGGCAGUUGUAUGCGAAAAUGCUUACUAAUGCAGCUGAUAAUUUUAAUUUAAAAAGUAAACUUUAUUUUUAAUAAAAAAAAGAGUUAAUCAACUAAUUUAGUUUCAUCUCAAUAAAACAAGUUUUACAAUCACAUGAGUAGCAGCUAGCCACUUACUCGGACCACUUUAAUAAUUUGCUAGGUUUGGAACACUUAUAGUACGUUUACAUCUUGUGAAUCAAUCAAUCAUUUGUUCAGAUUACAGCUUCUUUUAAGUUUUAUCUUAUUGUUUUGCUGCAGUAUAUAUCAUAUGAUGCAGAGUGUUAAUGGGCAUAGAUAAUGUUUUGAAGUAAACUUUAUUGUCGUAUUGAUGGCUUAAACUGUAUAUGCAAGGUUCAGGAAUGUCCAUCUUAAACCAAAUCUCUGGCAUUGAAAACUAAUACUAUUGUCAGUACACUUUCAUUGCUGACUUCAAAUAGAGAGAAAGGAAACUUGCUGUCAUUAUUUUUUAAAGAACGUAUUUUUAGGUGGUACCCUCUGUGAAUUUAUGUAAUUAUGACAGUUUGGAAAACCGUAUUGGUAUGAAUUUAAAAAAAAGUUUUAAAAACCCCCCACCCCUUUAUACAUAUACAACUUUGAUGUAAUCUUCUGUUCAGAUUGAAGCAAGAUUAAAUCCAGACAGAAAUACCUGCAAUCUCUCUGCAAGCCAUAACUGUAACCAGAAAUAAAGAUUAACUAAACAGCAUGCUAACCCUAGCAGUCCAACACGUACUUAACAUUCCAUUAUCUAUUUUCAUCCCUUUUGACAAUGUAACUUAGAACUUUGAUCUGCUUUAAAUAUGAACAAUUCUUUAUUUUUAAAACUGACUACUUGGAAAGAAUUUUUGGCUACAUUUAUGUUAUAAGAAAUACAAAUUUUAAAUAUAAAGUAGGCCCACAUUUAUUAAAACUUAAAAAGACACUUUCCUUUUGCAAAUGUAUAAAAUAGCAUUGUUUAAGAAAUAUUUUUACUAUUUUGAAACAAAUUAAAUAUUUAAAAUCUGAAUAUUUAGGUUUUCAGAUAUUUUAAUUAAUAUUUGUAAUAAUAAAUCUGGGGUUUUUUCAUGGAACUGGAAGGUUUGGGUUUGUUUGUUGAUUUUUUAAUUUGGGGUUGGAGGGUUGGGGUGGGUUUGAGUGACAGUGCUGUUUUUUUGGAGGUUUUUUUUUUCUUUAAUCUAAUGGAGAGUAUAACUAUGAAACAGCUCUGGUUGUAUGUUAGGGCUAAAUUUAACUUUUCAUCUUCUUGUUUGCAUUAGAUUUUUUUUAUUGACACUUCUUUGAUCAACCCAAAGAUCUGAUACUUGAAACAUUUGUUACACAGGUGAAGAUACAUUGAUCUGCUUACUGUUAAAGCUGUGUAGCUCAGCAGGUUUGAUUGGAUCUUUUAGUAGAUGUUUCGUUCAGAAAUGAAAAUUAAUGAACAUUAAAGGGUAAAGUAUGUAAACUUGUUUUCAACUUAGGUUUGCUAAUGCGGUCAUGGAAUUGUCUUUGUAAGAUCAUCUCACAAGAAUGAAGUCUGUAGUGUUCUCUUUGUACAUGUUGGGUCAUGUGGCCUUACACAAGCGUACAUUUAUUUGUGAUGAGAUUUAUCUGUACAUACUGUUUGUAGAUAUGUCAAUGUAUUUUAUUCAUCCAUUCCCAUUGUUUGUUCACACGUUUGGUGCAUUUCGCUACACUUGUCUAUAGCAAGCAGUGCUUGACAGUUACUUGAAAAUGUUGCUGUCAAACAGUCCUACUUAAUGUACACUGGUAUUCUUCACAAGGUUUUCACCAAAUAAAAAGCUAGUGGUAGAACUGAGGUUAGCAUAUUUGUAAGGAUGGGAGACUUGGUUGUUAAGAAAUUUGAGAAGUGCUUGCCUGGUGGUGGUGGGUGGGGGAGUUUUGAGGAAAACAUUUAUAUGUGUAGGUAUUUUAUAUUGUUUAUUCUUCUCACAACUAUAUAAAGAGUUUCAGUUUUUGUCAAAUUGUCAGGGUAGGAGACAUUAUUUUAGGAUACUAGUAUACUGUACAAAAAUCCUAAAUUGGGACAUGUUAAUAAACAUGUUCAGUAUUUAUAUUACAAUUAAUGUCAGACGUUUCUGAAGAAGUCGUCUUAGCAACUGCCAAAACAUUGAAUAUUAAUUGUAACAGAAAUAAAGAACAUGUACUUGGUUUUAAAAGUACUUUCUGGUGGAAACCUUGCCGUGAUAUAAGACACUUUCGACAUCUCUAAAGCCAUAUAGUAUAACCUGUAUGCAAUGACCUCGUCUCAAAGUAAAUGUUGUGUCCAUUAUAUAGCUGAAUUAUGUUGGUUUUUAUUUAGAUCCAUUGUAUGCUGUCAGGUCUCUGAGAAGUGAAAAAUCUUUAAGUAAUCCGAUUCAUUUUGUGUAAUGUUGAAUAUGAUGUCCUGUAUUUAUAGUGUGUACAAAAAAUAUAUAAAUGGGUUAGACAAAAUAGACUUGUACGAACAACAGUCAAACAAAAUGAACAUUUGUGCAAUUUUCAAAAGCCAGGUCGUUUCAGCAUGUUUCUUACAUAAAACUAAAGUGUUGAAUUAA